UAUUAAUUGUCUCAUAUUUGGACACUAAUAUGUAUGACCACUCAACAAAAAUACUACAAGUCUUUCUUAGUCCCUUUCACUUUUUCAAGUCAAGGAGUAAACAAAAAAAAAAAGUGUUAACUCAACAACAAACUUGUUAUCUUUUAACAAUGGAGGGUGAAAAUGAGCAAUGCUUCAACCCAAAUGCUACCAGAGCGUCGCACUCAGAUGAUGAAGUUGUAUUGGCGACGAGUUGUCCGAAGAAGCGAGCAGGGAGGAAGAAGGUGAAGGAGACUAGGCACCCAGUGUACAGGGGAGUGAGGCAGAGGAAUGGAAACAGAUGGGUGUGUGAAGUUCGAGCUCCAAAUAACAAGUCUAGGAUAUGGCUUGGGACAUAUCCUACUGCUGAAAUGGCAGCGCGGGCUCAUGAUGUAGCUGCAUUGACGCUUAAAGGUAGGGCAGCAUGCCUUAACUUUGCUGAUUCCGCAUGGAGGUUGCGUGUUCCUACAUCGACAGACACUAGGGAUAUUCAGAAGGCAGCAGCAGAGGCAGCAGAAGCAUUCCGCGGAGAAGAAGAAGAAGGAGAAUCUCAGCAUAAUGUGGGUGAGAGUAGCAGGAUAAAUGAUAAUAUCAUGGAAGUUUUUACAGAUGGGAAUCAGGUAAAUAACCAACUUCUACAGAACAAUGCUGAAUACAUGGAUGAUGAAGAAGUAUUUGGUAUGCCGGGUUUACUGGCUAAUAUGGCUGAAGGACUAUUACUCCCACCACCUCAUAAUCAAUAUGACACAGAGAGCGACUGCGAAGAAUUCUCUCUGUGGAGUUAUUCUAUCUAAAAGAACAUGGAAUAAAUUCUCGAUCAUGCAGAUUAUGGUGAGGACUGCAUAAGCGUUCCUUCUUUUUUUCUACGCGUGCUAGAAUAUCAUCAGUUGAUCAGGCAUGAAUUUUCAAGCCAGAAUGUAAUAUAAAGACAAAUGUAUAGCUCUUUAUAUUUUUUUUUCCUAGCGGGAAGUGUUUUUGUGUGGCGGGUGGAGGUGGUGACUCUAAUCUCCUUGUUUGGGACUAUGAACGCCCACAUUUCCAAAUCACUAGUUCAAGUGCAGUCAUUUCUCUAUCCUUGUAAAUUGUAAGUCAUGUCUGCUCUGUCUUUUCUUCAUUUAUGUAUAAUAAUCUUAAUCUCA